AUGGCCAGGGGCGACAGGGCCAUGGCAAGAGGCGACGGGGCCAUGGCUAGGGACGGGGCCGGGCGCUGGGCAGGUACGGGGCUGGGCGCUGGGCAGGAACGGGGCCGGGCGCUGGGCAGGUACGGGGCCGGGCGCUGGGCAGGUACGGGGCCGGGCGCUGGGCAGGUACGGGGCCGGGCGCUGGGCAGGUACGGGGCCGGGCGCUGGGCAGGUACAGGGCCGGGCGCUGGGCAGGUACAGGGCCGGGCGCUGGGCAGGUACGGGGCCGGGCGCUGGGCUGGUACGGGGUCGGGCGCUGGGCUGGUACGGGGUCGGGCGCUGGGCAGGUACGGGACCGGGCGCUGGGCAGGUACGGGGCCGGGCGCUGGGCGCGGAAUGGGGCUGGGCGCGGGGCUAGGUACGGGGCCGGGCGCGGGCUAG